UUUGAUUUUCCUACCUUCUCCACCUCCUUAUAUUCUCCUCCCAUUCUCCUAAUCUCUCCACAACUCUUCUCCCGCUAUCUUUUCUCUUCUUUAGCUCUCUUUCCAACCCCACGUUCAAUAGCUCUGAAGGUUCUGAGUUGCAAAGGAAGAUGGGUGAGAUAGCUUUCUCAAAUACAAUCAGCAAUGGCAGUAUUAAUAAAGUCAAUGGCCAAGGCCAUUCGUUGAAUGGUUACAGGAAGAGCUGUUGGUAUGAAGAAGAGAUUGAAGAGAACUUGAGAUGGUGUUUUGCUCUCAAUAGUAUAUUGCAUACAGGAGCUAGCCAGUACCAAGACAUUGCAUUGUUGGACACAAAACCCUUUGGAAAGGCUUUGGUAAUUGAUGGAAAGCUUCAGAGUGCAGAGACAGAUGAAUUUAUCUACCAUGAAUGUCUUGUUCAUCCGGCUCUGCUUCACCAUCCUAACCCAAAGAAUGUUUUUAUUAUGGGAGGAGGAGAAGGGUCUACUGCAAGGGAAUUACUCAGGCAUAAGACCAUAGACAAAGUUGUAAUGUGUGACAUAGAUGAGGAGGUGGUGAACUUCUGCAAAUCAUACUUAGUUGCAAACAAGGAAGCAUUUCGUGAUCUGAGACUAGAGGUCAUCAUCAAUGAUGCCAGGGCUGAGCUAGAAGCCAGAGAUGAGAGCUAUGAUGUGAUAAUUGGCGACUUGGCAGACCCAAUUCAAGGAGGUCCUUGUUAUAAACUUUACACCAAGUCCUUCUAUGAGUUCACUGUCAAGCCUAGACUAAAGCAAGGUGGCAUAUUUGUGACACAGGCAGGACCAGCUGGAAUAUUUAGCCACAAAGAAGUGUUCUCGUCUAUCUACAACACCUUGAGACAGGUUUUCAAAUAUGUCGUAGCUUAUUCAGCUCACAUACCCUCCUAUGCUGAUAUUUGGGGAUGGGUCAUGGCUUCAGAUUCUCCACUGGACCUGAGUGUAGAAGAGCAAGACCUCAGAAUGAGACACAGGAUUAAGGGGGAAAAUAGAUAUCUUGACGGGAAAACAUUCUCAUCAGCCUCAACUUUGAGCAAAACUGUUCGAUUGUCGCUGGACAAUGAAACUCAUGUAUACACAGAAGAAGCUGCUAGGUUCAUACACGGGUAUGGCAAGCAUGCAUAGCCAAGAAACAAAACAAAAAUAAUGCAUAAAGACACUCAACGCAAUUGAAAAGGCUCUCAAGAUUUUCUUUCAUCUUAUGUAUUUUUUUCCCUUGUUCUUUUCUUUUUUUCCUUUUGGUGUGUAGUUCACCUGAAUGAGCAAAAAGCGGGUCCUAUUUUGUUCUUCUUUAUGAACAUGCUUAUAAUGUCUACGGAUUUACCAAUAUCCUGAAUCUGAAAA